AUGCCGUCGACAUCCAAGACCGCGGCCAAGUCCAAGGCUGGCAAGACGGCCAAGCCCUACGACCGCCCCGCCAAGGGCAAGGGCAAGGAGAAGGCGGCCCCGAAGCUCGAGGACAUUGGCGCGCCGGCGCAGCUCUCCCAGACGAGUCGCAAGGGCAAGAAGGCGUGGCGCAAGAACGUCGACAUCCGUCCUGUUGAGCAGGCGCUCGAGGCACAGCGGGCCGAGGAGCGUCUCACCGGCGGCUCGUACUCGAAGAAAACGGACGGAGACCUCUUCACGAUCGACACGACGGGAGAUGUCGAGGUGCGCCGAAGACAGCGCGUGAAGAAGCCGCUGCGGUCGCUUGCGGUCCUGAACGAGAAGUCGGCGAUGCCGUCUCUGACCUCGCGCGCCGUCGCGCCGAAGAAGAAGCCAGACGUGACGGCCAAGGAGAAGGCGCGGAUCCGCAAGAUUGCCCGCCGGACGGUGGACGACAAGACGAGUGCGGACGUGCGCAAGACGGAUCUGAGCACGCUCCGCGACGCCUGGGGAGAGGAGGAGGAGGAGGAAGUCGAGCUGCCCGCGGACGGGUUCGGCGUCGAGGGCAUGGUGAAGCCGCGCGUCAAGGCGCCGCAGACGAUCGAGGAGCAGCGCCAGCAGCGGCUGGAGAUUGCCGCGGCCCAGCUGGCUGCCGAUCUCCCCGUCGCGGGCGUGUCGUACAACCCCGCCGUUGAGGCGCACACGAAGCUCAUCGAGGCCGCGGCCGAGGAGGAGCGCAAGCGUCUGGCCGCCGAGGAGAGGGAGGCGGAGCGUCUCCGCCUCCUCGGCGAGGUUGUUGCGAGCCGCCGUGCCGUCGACGCCGAGAUCUCGGACACGCACGUCGACGGCAUGACGGUUGGUCGCGGCGACGGCGUCGACUCCGACGAGGACGGGGAGAGCGAGGACGACGAGCCUGCGCUCGUCAAGAAGCCGACGAAGCGCAAGACGCAGGCGCAGCGCAACAAGGCGAAGCGUGCCAAGGAGGCCGCUCAGGCGCAGAAGGACGAGGCGCGGCGGAAGAAGCUCGAGCGCGCCAUUCCCGGCGCGAAGAGUCUCGGCAAGUCGGUCGAGGCGCGCCAGAAGGCCAUCGAGGAGGCCAAGCGUCUCCGCAAGCUCGCAAAGGAGAAGCGCGAGCGCGCCGGGUACGCUGGUGGCGAGAAGGUCGGCAAGUUCCGUGUCCCCGAGCAGGCUGUCCCCGUCCAGCUGGGAGAGGAUCUGGCCGAGUCCCUCCGCCAGGUCAAGCCCGAGGGCAACCUGUUCAAGGACCGCUUCCUCGCCCUGCAGCGCCGCGCCCUCGUCGAGCCCCGUGUCCCCCACCUCCCCAAGAAGCGCACUCUCAAGGUCAAGGAGUACGAGAAGCACGCGUACAAGCGCUUCAAGUAG